AUCUUUCACAUCUGGUUAUGGCGUCAGAGAACGUCGGCGAACCUUUUCCCCCUAUUGUGGAACUUAACGUUGGUGGUGUAUUUUAUACAACCGCCUUGAGCACCUUAACAAAAGAUGGAGAAUCAUUAUUAGGUCAAAUAUUUACUGGAAAAUAUAAAGGUUCGACAAUUAUACUUAAAGAUAACAAAGGAAAAUAUUUCUUGGACCGAGAUGGUGUCCUAUUCCGCUAUAUACUCGACUUCCUUCGCAACGGAAAAUUAGUUUUACCUGAAAAUUUCCAAGAACGAGAGAGAUUGAAGAAUGAGGCGGAAUUUUUUAAAAUACCUGCGAUGGUUAGAUACGUACAGAAUUCUAGGGGUUCCACUCAAUUACAGUCGAAUGGCUACAUAACGGUCAGUUAUCGUGGAACAUUUGCAUUUGGCCGAGAUGGAUUAGCUGAUGUCAAAUUUCGAAAGUUAUCAAGAAUUCUCAUUUGCGGUAGAGUAUCAGCGUGCCGUGAAAUAUUUGGCGAUACGCUUAACGAAUCGAGAGAUCCCGAUAGAGGUGGAGACGAUCGCUACAGUUCGAGGUUCUUUCUCAAACAUUCCUAUUUAGAACAAGCAUUUGAUAUGCUGCAAGAGGGUGGCUUUAAGAUGGUUGGUUCUUGUGGCUCUGGUACAAAUAGUGCUGGAGAAGUAAAACCAGGCAACGACUCAGAGGAAUGCAAAUGGAACCAUUACAACGAGUUCGUUUUCUGCAGAAAUUAGACAACAAACCCAGCUCCGUGCCGCGCUCCAACAACUCACCGAACGUGUUUCCAGAAAAAACGACUGUUCAGGCAUAUAACCCUACAUUAUGCAAACGAAUAAUCGAAUUUGUUUGAGAGUCCGACAUCGGUGGUUGAAAAAGCUUUUUAUUUCUUAUGUACAUAUAAACAUUUUCUUAGUCUUUAGGUAAAGUAAAGAGAAAAAAAAUCUAAAUUUUUCUCUCUGUCAUUGCUAGAAAUGAUGAAAAAAAC